CGGCAUCAUGGAGUUGGAGGACCUGUACCGACGGUAUUGCGACCGCUUGAAGCACUCCCUGUUCCUGAAUUCUCUGCUGAUCACGGCUGCCGGUUGCACGGUUACACUUGCAGCUCUCGGCGUCUUCAGCCCAAGCAGUGCUUGCUGCCUUCAUCAUCAGGGCGAACCCAGAAGAUAAUCAUCUUCAACCUUAUAGCCAAUCGCUGAACCUGGCCACUGUGCAAAGUUCCAUCAGACCAUCUCAUUUUGUCAGCACAAUAGAAUGUUUAUUCCUGUCACUGGAAUCUGUUCAAAUCGUCAUGGCUCAACUUUUGGGACCAUAUUCGUCCUUAUGGACUCCCUGGCCGCAAGUUUUGUGCAACAACACUGCAAGAUGUGUACGCGAGUACCCCUGGUCAGUAAAAUUACCGUUCUCUUUAACUUGGGGAGCCAGCAACUGCUGUAUUCAAAGUAACGGUGAUGGACAUGAGAAGGUUGCGUUUGCGAUAAUGAGUUUCCAGCUUCCUGGAUCUGAAGUAAUUGGAUCUGUAUCCCUUAUGCCCGUGCUGAUUCUUGUCGCCAUGACAGUGACGUGUCUGGUAGUGUUCGCAGUUGGGCAAUGUGCGUGCCUUCUCCGCUCCGACAUUUCAGCCCUGGGCGUGUCGCUCGUGGUGAUCGGUGUUCUUGGAACGGGGAUCCUAGCCCUGGGAUGGCCUACAGCCCCGUUACCUUUGUUCGCUCUUCUGCUCGCUAUUCAUACAAUGAUGCCCAUCUCAAGGACCGUCUCCCUCAUUCUGGCAGCAAUCCUUACCACUGUACAUAUUGCACUCGCCGUUGCUUGGCGCCCGGACACUCAGGACUCAUCAUUCUACAUACAGGUUGGCGCAGAAGCGCUGUUCCUGUUGUGUGCGAGCGGCAGCGGUCUGUAUUACCGACACAUGACGGAGGCCGCUCACCACGACACGUUCGUGGGCACGCGGACCUGCAUCGAAUCGCGAGUCAAACUCGAAUGUGAGAAAGAGCAGCAGGAGCAGCUGCUGCUCAGUGUCAUACCAGCCUACAUCGCAGCCGAGGUGAAGCGAAGUAUCAUGCUAAAGAUGGCUGACGCUUGCCAGGAAAUGUCAAACAAACAGACUCGCUUUCACGAGAUGUACGUACAAAGACACAACAAUGUCAGCAUUUUGUAUGCCGACAUUGUCAACUUCACCCCGCUGUCUGAGCAGCUGAGCGCCUCGGACUUGGUUAUGACUCUUAACGAAUUGUUCGGACGUUUCGACCAGAUUGCACAGGACAACCAGUGCAUGAGGAUUAAGAUCUUGGGCGACUGCUACUACUGUGUUUCGGGCCUGCCAGUAUCAAGGCCCAACCACGCCUACAAUUGUGUCAACAUGGGGCUGCAGAUGAUUGAGGCCAUAAGGUUUGUUCGUGAAGCCACGGGGUUCAAUGUGGACAUGCGAAUCGGCAUACACACGGGCAACGUUCUGUGCGGAGUCCUUGGUUUACGCAAGUGGCAGUAUGACGUGUGGAGCGAUGACGUCACAUUGGCCAACCACAUGGAGUCUGGGGGCGUCCCAGGCCGAGUGCACAUCACCAAGGCAACGCUCCUCCAGUUGAACGAACGUUUCCAGGUUGAAGCUGGAGAUGGCGGUCAGAGGGAGGGCUACCUGGCCGACCACAAAGUGGAGACAUUUCUGAUCGUACCUCCGACGAAAGCGGAGACAGAAGAUGGCAGACGGAGCUCCUCAAGCUCAAAUACCGUCCUCAAAGCCGAUCAAUCUGGGCUCAGUUCUUCCUCGAGGAACCGGUCGCCGUCCAAGAUGACCAAAUACGUGGAGUGCUGGGGCGCCGACAAGCCGUUUGCCAACAUCACGGAGAGUGUCCUUGCAAAGAACAUCGGCCUCACAAGCAUUUCUAUGAUCGAGUCGAACCUUCUGCCCAGCAAGAAUACGUGCCUGGAGUGCAAAUCCUGCCAGAAACAGUUCAGAUGUAAACGAUGUCGGUCAUUGUGUUUGAUACGCAGGAAAUGGCUGACGUCAGAGGAACUCAAUCCAAUACUGCUGUGGUUUCGGAAGCCACACCAGGAGGCGGAUUACCGCAAUCAACCUGACCCUCACUUCCGGUACUAUGUUCUCUGCGCGACAGUGUUGUUCCUGUGUUUAUUUGCUAUACAGGUGGCCAGCAUGCCCAGGACCAUAGUGCUCUGGGGUUCCUGUGGAGCGACGCUCCUGGUUCUGCUCAUAUUCCUCUACUUGUGCUACAUGGACGGAUUUUGUCCUCACUACGGUCCAGUCAGCGCCAUUCCGGUAUCUGGUGGAGUCACAGGAGACUACGAAUCGGGACCUUGCGCUGAUCAAGACAUUUCCAGCAGCAGAUGGAUUAGAUUGGCCGUGUUCCUCACAUCUGUGGCCCUUAUAGCUUCUAGUGCUGUCAUCACUUUGGUGGUCCUCGAUCCCGAAUUUCCGUCAGAGGCUAUUACAGCGCCAUCUGUACCCAACAGAACGUUAUUAUUCCAGACAAGCUUCGAGGCGUCGCCGCUAGAUGACUCUCUUGUCGAUAGCGUCCCGUCGUAUCUGUACGGCUCAGUGCUGUCACUGGCGACGAUAUCCGUGUUCCUCCGAGUCGGCUUCCUGCUCAAACUGGUGCUGAUGUUAGUGGUCACAACAUUCCACCUGGCAGUGUUCAGCGGCCUCCAGUUAGUGCCCAGAUAUUACUCCAGGAAGCACGACGGCUUCGAAGAGCUGCCACAUCAACUGAAGACUGCGCUGCUCCUCACCGUCACGCUAAUCCUCCUCCACGUGCUGGACCGCCAGAUUGAGUUCACCUCUCGGACAGAUUUCUUAUGGAAAGCCAAGCUGAAGGUGGAGCAGGAGGAGGUGGAGACCAUGAGGGGAAUAAACAAGAUCCUGCUGGAAAACAUUCUCCCUGCUCAUGUCGCAGAACACUUCCUGGACAAGAGGAAUACUCAGGAACUUUACCACGAGCGAUACAGCAGCGUUGCCGUCAUGUUUGCGUCCAUCCCGAAUUACAAAGAGUUCUACGACGAGAAUGACGUCAACAAACAGGGACUCGAGUGUCUCCGGCUACUCAAUGAGAUCAUCUGUGAUUUUGACAAGUUGUUGUUGAAACCGAAGUUUAGUGGAAUUGAGAAGAUCAAGACAAUCGGUAGCACAUACAUGUUGGCUUCUGGACUUCGACCAGGGAAGGAAGAUGGAUCAGGGGAUGUCAGCAAACAACAGGAACACAACGUCCUCAUCUUAGUUGACUUCGCCGUCGCUCUUAUGACCAUCCUCGACCAGAUCAACAGAGAAUCAUUUCAGAGGUUUAAACUCAGGAUGGGUUUGAACCAUGGACCAGUAAUAGCUGGAGUGGUGGGUGCUCAGAAACCGCAGUAUGAUAUAUGGGGCAACACGGUCAAUGUUGCCUCACGAAUGGAUAGCUGUGGCGUAAUGGGGCGACUGCAGGUUACAGAAUGCACAGCCAGAAUCCUGAUGGGGGCGGGAUAUGAGUGCGAGUGCAGGGGCCCGACGUACGUCAAAGGCAAAGGCACGCUGACCACGUACUUUGUAAAGACGCCCUUUGAUGAGAAGUAACUGGCAACGAAGAUCAGCGACACCCCCUGUUGCAUGUGGAUUCGUACUCUUAACAUUUUGUUUGGCGUUUCGAUUGAAACGCUUCAAAGAGUACAAAGUCACGUGAAAAACGUGUUUUCAUCCUCUGUCAACUUCAGUAGCGGGAUAAAAACUUUUGCCAAGAAACUCUGCAAGUCUGUGCUAUCUGUCAAAUGGGCUUAUAUUUUGAAUUCCUUAUGGUGACAGCUAAGAGUUUAAGCAAAUUAUUCUUAAGUUAUGAUUUACUUUUCUGCAACAAUUUUGCAGUGGAUAUUUGCACUCAUUGUGAGUUCACUACGAAAUCAGAACACGUUAUAAAUUCUGCUUUACGGAGAAUCUGGUUAAUAUUCAAGUUUACAGCAUUUUCAGGCCUAGCCAAGGUGAGACGAUCUUCACUUGGUUGAGGAUGAUGGGAAGGUAAGAUACUGGUGAUUUUUGCUUGUCAUAGGCAAAUGUAAGGUUGUGAAACUGCAUGCUAAAAGUCUGGUUUCCUUAAACUGUAUGGUUUGUAUCAGGUCCAUUCUUACCUGUAUAGAAAUGCCUCUUCAAAAUUUAAUAGUGGAUUUUGUAUUUUAGUGAAGGAAUGUUAAACCUUUUUGGUGAAGUAUGACACAUAACAUUAAUUAAAUUGAUUACAUGUAAAUUUUGAAGAUGAACUCUGUUUUAAUAUUGAUCUUUAUUUAACGCACAGAAUGUACAAACAAACAAGUAAAAUACUCCCAGUACAGAAAUCCAUAUUAAUUCUUAGCUUCUUUGGACAUCUGAAAGUUUAUCUUAAGCUUUAUUUUGGUACCCAAGAGGACGUCAUAAAUUUACUCCUGUUUCACUUUUCUCAGUUGAGAGUGAGUGUUCAAAAUAAGUGAUAGUCUUGUAUUCAAAUUAUGUGUCUGAUUAAUCUUUAUUGUCAUUUUCACAGAUAAUACAGUUUUCACUCUCUCUUCGAUUUA